GAGUCUGGACAAUUCAUUUGACUGUAACUGUUUAAUAACAUGGCUGACGAUUUGAAAAGAUUCCUGUACAAAAAGCUUCCAAGUGUUGAAGGACUUCAUGCUAUUGUCGUGUCAGACAGAGAUGGCGUGCCUGUUAUCAAAGUUGCCAAUGAUAAUGCUCCAGAGCAUGCUCUUCGACCUGGUUUCUUGUCGACCUUUGCGCUUGCGACGGACCAGGGCAGCAAACUAGGCCUCUCCAAAAACAAGAGUAUUAUCUGCUACUACAAUACAUAUCAGGUGGUUCAGUUCAAUAGGUUACCACUGGUAGUCAGUUUCAUCGCUAGCAGCAACGCCAAUACAGGGUUGAUUGUAAGCUUGGAAAAAGAGCUCACCCCCUUGUUCGAAGAGCUGUGGCAGGUUGUGGAAGUGUCUUAA